AUGGCAAAGCACUAUUUAGACUAUGCUAUUGAAUUAAUUCAAAAUGAUAUUACAGCAAAAGGAACAAAUUAUGAUACAUUGUUGGCUGAGAACAAGAGCAAAAAAGAAGUUUCUAUUACUGACGAUAUAAUAAAGGGUUAUGAUAAACUUAAAGUCAAUGCUCAAGCAAGAAUAGAUAAUAUUGCUUCUGUGCAGGCUGGAUUAGGUAAAUUGUUAACAGAGCGUUCUUCAAUUAGUUCUCAAGAGUUAAAAACUAGUCAGGAAUUAAAAGCAGCAAAAAAAUCAAAAGAAAAUGCUAAAAAAAACUGUGUAAAUGGUUUAAUAACUCAGUUUAAUUUUCUUCAUUUAUUAGAUCCUGCUAUUGUUUUUGAUAUUACUAAUUAUCGUCAUGAAUUACGGGAUUUUGAUAACCAAAUUCAAGGCGAACUAGCCACCAAAGACUAUCUCAAGAUCAUUGUCGAUGCUUUAGAAUCAGUACAAUCUAAACGAGUACUUGAUCCUGUUGAAGACAAUGAAUUAAGAGAAAUUAAAAAAUAUUUAAGUGAAAAGCAAAAGCAACCUAAAAUAUUACUUACUUGCAGUAGACUUAAAGGAGUCUUAGGAAAUUCUAGCAAGUUUGAAGCCAAGAUUAAAGCAAUCACUGAUAGAGUUAAUGCUCCAAGUAGUAAGAUUAAUAAAGCUGGAUUGGUUAAAUACUGCAAAGAAACUCUUGCUAAAAAACCUGGUAUUACAGAUGUUCCUAAUGACGAUAAUGAUCUGGAAGUAGUAGUGGGAACCAUUGCUUUACAUGAAAUAAAAGUGGAUAGUAAUCUUAAAGCUGGAAUCCUGCAAAAGAUGAAAGAUUAUAAAGAUGGCAAAGAUAAUUUAAUCUUGUUAGAUCAAACUGUUUAUAGAGAUGAUCAAGAGUUUAGUGAAGAAGGAAUAGUUAAGUUCUAUGCAGAAGAGUUAGGAGGUCAAGAUCAUGCUACUAAGAAGUAUUAA